AUGUUUGGUCAGACUAAACCUGUCUUUGGCACUCCUACUACUACGGGCUUUGGAUUUGGUGGUACCCAAUUCGGUACAUCCGCUCCUACGAACCAACCGUCUGCUAGCAUUUUCGGACAACCAUCAACUUCUACUCAGCAGACUAGCAUGUUUGGAAGCUCUGUUUUUGGGAGUGUCACUACACCCAUUCAAGGGACCCCAGUGAAAUUUAAUGCCCCCUUAGUUAACGAUACAGUUCAGAAAAAUGGUCAAAAAGUUCAAGUAAACGCGAAGCAUAUAUGCAUCUCGGCAAUGAAAGAAUAUAGCGACAAAAGUAUUGAGGAGCUUCGAGUGGAUGACUACCUUCAAAAUCGGAAAUGUGGUUCUGCUGUUGGGACCAAAAGUAUCUUUGGUCCUGCGGCCACUACACCCUUUAGUUUUGGUGCUCCACAGACUACGGCUUCGUCCCUAUUUGGAUCGGCUUCGACUGCACAAUCCGCUCAGUCUUCCAUUUUUGGUGCUACCUGUAACACCGGUUCAUCACUAUUCGGCUCAACGCAGCCCAUGACCUCUUUUGGACAGGCGACACAAAAUAGCAUCUUUGGUAGUAAGCCGUUGUUCGGUACCCCGACUUCCACAAAUGCUCCACUAAAUCUAUCUGGAGCGCAGCAAUCUCAGACGGGGUUUGGAUUUGGACAAAACACUCAAAGUUCAAUUUUUGGAGCGCAUCAGACUUUUGGAACACCUACUACUACUUCUACAUCAUUUAGCUUAUUUGGAUCUCAACCCGUUUCCACUCAAUCUGGAGGUUUUACUUUUGGAAAACCCGGUGGUGCCGGUAUAUUCGGUACAGCAACGACGACAACCUCGGGUUUAUUUGGACCCUCUACGCCCUUCGGUGCACCGGUUGCAUCGCAAGGCGGAAAUAUCUUUGGUGGUAUGAAGCCGGCUGGAACUUCAAUUUUCGGUUCGCCAGCCACCGCUACCACCGCUUCGGCCUUUGGGAGUGGAUUUGGUUCUGGAUUCGGGUCAAAAACAACCUCUACCGGUCUCUUUGGUGCCGCCCCUGCGGUCAGUAAUACUGGCUUCGGUCUUGGCACAGUGACUUCUUCAACGAUGCAGUCUGGGCUUGGCACGGGUCUCUUCGGCGCGAAAAAGCCCUCACCCUUUGGUGCACCUACCAAUACCACUGCUCCAACCUUUGGUUUCGGUACUUCAGGUAGCGCAACCGCCCAGGGUACAAACCUUUUUGGAAACACAGCUGGCUUUGGUCUUGGCGCCACCUCUCAGUCUCUCCAGCCAACGGGCGGCAUCUUUGGUGCUACAAACACUGCACCUACGGGCAGUCUUUUUAGCAAGUCGGCAGUCAACAGCUUUGGUCUUGGCCAACCGAAUACCUCAACUCCUUCUCUCUUUGGCUCAACAUCAAGUGCCUCUGCUGGAACAGUGGUCGGGAACCUCUUUGGUGGAGGCUCGGGCAUCACUCCACAGCUCGGUUUCGGAGGUGCAACUGGAAGUGCGGCGCCGUCCUUUGGCACUGUAGUAGCCACUAAUCAAACUGUCUUAGCACCACUUAUGGAGCAACUGACUCAGAGUGCAAGAGCACAGCAGCAUGUCCUCGACAUGGUGCGAAGCAUGCCCUAUGGGCAAUCAGCAUUGUUUAGGCAUCUCACUGCAGAGCCUGUAUCUACGACGACAGUAGCACCAACAUCAGUUCCAACGCAUCCUACGAGUUCAACAGCUAAAGCCUCCGGUGCAUCCGUGCUCUCAGCUUCAGCGGCUGCUAACACCCUAGUAGAACUCCAUAGAGCGAAUUCCCUUUCCGUUGGCAGAAGUCCCGGCCGUGCUGGUAACGGGUUGAUUGUUCGAAGGCCCAUGCAAACAAUGCCACUCAAUCGAAGACAGCUUUUUACAGGUUUCCGAGAGGACGAUGCGCUUUUGUCGGCCCAAUCACCGACUCCGGGUGAUCGUAAAAGCAGCUCUACUGAGCGCCCUCCAAAUCAAUCCGCCUGUACCCCAGACAGUCACUUCUUUGUCCGUCGUGAAUCCUGGAAACGCCUCAAUAUUCCACGCUGUGUUCGAACAUCUAUAAUCGAGCGUUCAUCUAUGGCCGCCUCCGAUUUCGAGCAACAGACUGAUGAGACUGAGGCCGAAACCCGCGGAAUUCGUCUCCAAAGAACAUUGCAGUUGAGCAAAGGAUCAGGCGAUGCCAAUAUUUCUCCCACGUCAACUUCUAAGGUCCAUUCCUUGGAUUUGUCAGCGCCUACGCCAUUAUCUUCAUGGGACAAAAAUAUCAAUGGGGAGGUCGAGGAGAAACAACUGUCGUUUACAGCGCCAUCAAGCCCACAGGUCUCUGUUGAUGUCGGUGGGGGUUGUGAACAGCAGGAUACGGGAAAUUGGACGUUACCUCCUGAUGUGACCCUCAACCAGACUACCUUGAUUGCGCCAUGCGAAGAGGCAUACACGGAAGAAAGUGACUCCCACACUACUUCCACUGCCAAUAAAGCUGGUAUACGACUCUCCAAACCGGGCUACUACAUGUUCCCCACUUUUGAAGAGUUGGACGCUUUGAUUGACGAAAAUGGACGCUGUGUAGUCCAGGACUUCGUCAUUGGUAGGCAGUCUUAUGGUCACAUACUCUUCCCUGGUCUGACGGAUAUUACAGGCAUAGAUUUUGAUGAUGUGGUUCACAUUCGUCGUCGUGAGGUUGUUGUUUAUCCGGACGACACUACUAAGCCUCCCCAGGGCUAUGGUCUCAACCGAAAGGCUGAAAUUACAUUGGAUGGGGUCUGGCCCACUGACAAAUCCACCCGCGAGUUCAUCAAAUCACCCGAGCGCCUUGCUGCGAUUCGAUUUGACGAACGCCUUGAAAAGGCUACGCACAAAAUGGAUGCUUCGUUUAUUGAGUACCGACCAGAUACAGGAUCAUGGGUAUUUGAGGUGAAGCACUUUUCCAAGUAUCGUCUGGAGGACUCGGAUGACGAGGAAGAACAAGUUUCACACCUAUCAAAUGCCGCGUAUAGGAGGCAAGCUGCAGUGGAAGUUGCUGACACACUAUUGUCAGAUCCAGCUGUUGGUGCUGUCCACUCCCUCGAUCCAUUGGCGCCUGCCAAGGAUCUAGAAGAUAGAAAUCUCUCGUCCGAUGAAAAGUCGGUUUCGGAGAUGCAGAUUUCUUCAUUACAGACGCCACAAACCCUCAGAGGAGCUAGAACCUCCCUCUUCUUUACUAAUGGGUUCGGUGAUGAUGAGCUUGAUUUUCAAAUGGAGGCUGAUGAUUCUGACUUCCCUCUUAUGCACCGUCGUGCUAGUUAUCCGACCAAUCCCCUCCAAUCUUCUCACUUCGAGAGUAGGUGCACCCUUUGUCUAUUUCACUCGAGUCUUGUCAGUAUGGCAGUCAAAAUGGUCUCUUUUUUGCCACUGCGGAAAGUCGAAAUAUACCAUAUUUCCUAUGACGUAGAACUUGAUGCAUACAAUCGUGCCAAGCGUUAUUAUUAUCUCAUUGCGUUUCUUCUACACGUUUCUGCAUUUCUUAAGGUCAAUAAUAAUAUCAAUUUACGGAAAAACCUAUCACUUUCAUCCUCUGACCUAGAAACAGACGGAGAAGAUCAAUAUUUACCGAAACUGGAAACACUGAAAUCGAUUCCUGCUCCGAUCUGUGAUCCCUUGUCAACUUUAAGGAUGGAGCAUUCGCCCUACUCUAUUCCCUAUGAGCGUGUUACGAAAUUGGUUGGUGGAGAUCCUCCGCUACUAACUUGCUUGCAAGGGUGUUAUUUGGAUGCUGGUCUCUGUAAAGGCAAUGUUUCUCGACUCUCUUGGGCUCUGUCGAGAAGGAAGGGGAAACCACCGAAACUUGUCCUCCUCACUGCUGAUUCCAAUACUGACCCUGCAGCCUCGGUGGUCGCCUCUUCCGUCUUCUCCGUCAUAGAUCCCCAUGAAGAAGUGCUUCUCAACACUGCUCUGCAAACGUCGGUGCAGACGUCUUUUGAGGCAGAUUCUGCAAGUUGUCCUCAAUUCUACCCAGAGAAAGGACCGCGCGUGCUUGAUGCCUAUCUGGCGUGCGUAGACGGAGCAGCAACAGAUGACGGGCUGUCAGUACGUAUGCGAGCCCUGCGACGUCCCUUCCUUCUCUCUCAAUCCCUUUGGGCCCGCCAUGAUACCUCCGUCCACACCAGUGGCAGUGGUGAUGCCAACGACACGCUGGGACUGCACGAUCGGUUUGUGACACGACGACGAAUCCUUAAUCUGACAGGAGUUGAUAGUCGCCUCUUCUCUGCCUCCAGCGCCACUGCUACUGCUAUGAAUGACCUCGCUAGGCGUCAAGCUGUUUCUGAGUGGAUUAGAUUCGAGCUACGUUCAUGGCUUGAUUCUCGACUGAAGGAACUAGGUUUGACUAACUUAUUAAAAGUCGAUGGCUCAUUGCAGAGCCCGUGGAACCUAGACGGGAAUGUCUCCAAGUCGUCGAUAUUUGCAGGGAUUUUCGCCUGCCUCUGCUGUGGAGAGCCGUCAUUGGCGUGUCGACUUGCGCUUACUUGUCGAAUGUCUCACCUUGCAAGCUGUCUCUCCAUGGCCCCUAUCAGUGACCCUCUUUGUAAACGAGCUUUGCAGAAACAAUUACGUGUGUGGGAUGAACUCAAGGUAUUAUCAUUCAUGCCCCUCCAAAUUCUCCGCACAUAUGCCCUCCUGGCUGGUGAAAUCAAGCUAUCCAUCUCGAGUCCAAAGGGCAGGACGGUUUUAAAUGUACUAAGCGGCGUGCCCUAUAUUCAGGCCCUGGGUGUUCACUUCUGGUACCUUGUGGAUCACUCAACUGAUUUCUUAACGGUUCUCAAGCUCUUCUCUCGCAACUGGCACGCCUACGACUCUCUCGAGGUAGCUCCUCCUCGUCCUCCCGAAACUAAAGAUCUAAUGAUUGGUUGUACGGGCCACGAUGACACCGAAUAUGUUCCCACUCCAGCCAAACUGUCACGCUCAAGUCCUCGCGAUGUCUGCUAUCAUCUUCUGCGCCUGGCGUCGCGUUCAUGGCAUAGUCUUGAGCGCACUCUUGAUCCACAGUGCAUGCAGUGUGACCAGGGGCGGCGAGUCAGUGGCAAAGAGGUCACGAGUAACAACAACUGGCCAUCUUCUUGGCACCUCUGGCGCGUGCUCCUGUCCCUUGGACUCUUUUCACUCAACCCCAUAGCUACUUCUCGUCUGCACGUAGAGAUGGCCAGCCACUUAGAGACUGCCGGCCUCUGGGAAUGGGCUGUCUUCGCGCUGAUGCAUGAGGUCGAACCGCGAGUUCGCGCUGCUUCUGUGAAACGGCUUCUCGCGCGUCAUAUCACGCUUAAAUGUCCACUCCAAACGGUGGCUGAGCCCCAGUGGCGUCUCGACGCGGAAUCUGUUAGUCGAUUCAGCCAGGCCGAGGUCUUCGUUUUGGAACGACUUGGAGUGCCAGUUAAGUGGCUUCACGAAGCCAAGGCCUGCUUAGCUCGGUCUCUGUUGGUCACACAGUCGGAGUCUGCUAAUGUGGAAGCACAUAGAUUACUAGCUAGCUUGGAGGCUGCGCAUUGGCUGGCGGCAGGUCACUUGGAGGCCGCUCACGAUGCAUAUGUGAAGUACCUUCUUCCAGAUAUAUUUCUUCAUUCCACUGCCAUCUCGUUUCCUUCGCCUCCAACUGAUGCGAAAAUCUUCUCUAGGAACUCAGCUGUGCUAGCCUCUAAACUGUUGACAGCUUUACAACCUUUUAUUGCCAUCCCUCAAGAAAGUCUUCCUACCACAUUUGAUUCAGGUGCUGGUGUGUACUUAUCGUAUGCUCGUAUUCUGCACCUAGUAGGUCAGCUUACUCUCUCUAACAGAGUUGAAGGUGAGGGAUUUGAGGAAGAUGUUAAUAUGGAACUCAGUUCCACUGCACCUACUAGUAGAAGCUCGGGGACCCUAUCGGAUCUUCAGUCAAAAAUACACCAACUUGUUGGUUUACUACAGUCUAUGGAUGCAUCAUCUAUCCGAAAUAGAGUUGUCAAAAGUGAGAUGGCGAUGACAAUUGUUCGGCUGAUUUCUGUUUUUCUGCAUGACUGUCCUCCGCCACAAACUUCUGUUCUCCGUCCCAGUCAGACUGUUAGUGGAUCGGCUGAUUUUCCAACAGAGCAGGAGAGUCUGCUACUUUGCCAGCAGCUGAAUUUGAUUUCAAACAUCGAAUCGCCCUCGGAAACGAGAGCUGGUUUCUGCUCUCACUCAUCUCUUGUACCGAUGAUGAUCAUUGACAUUGUCUUUUCUCAAGUUUUCCCGAAUCUGAUGAGAAGUCCGGUUUUGGUUUCUCUUAUCAAAGCUCUGAAGUUUUUCGCACGUUCCGUCUCAACUGCCCCUAUUCCAAAGGACGAAUACAAAUUGCGUCGGUCCAAACUUGCCGAGAAAAUUGCUUGCAGCUGUUUGUCAGGUCUGGAGUCAACGUUGCGCCACCUAGUAAUUAUUCCUGCGGCUGAAACCCAGUACAGUUCUCUUCACGUUCCAUACCCAUUUCGUCAGGAUUCCUACUUUCGAUACCUCACUGGAAUUACUGAACCUGACGCAGUCCUUGCUCUGGAGAUCACAACGAAGUCAAGUGAAAUUGUACGGUUCACCCCUCGCCUAUUCGUCGAAGAGCGGAACUCCCACGAUACCCGUUGGGACGGUCCAACCAUAGGUGUUGAUGAUGCAGCUCUCACUACAGGCAUUGAAUGUACAAUCCCGCUGAAGUUCUUUCCCGAAUAUCUCCAAAUGGCGAAAUCCGAUCUUUCUGGUGCUGGUUGCUUUUUCUGGUUUAGCACUCCUUUUAUUGUAAGGUCGAAGGCGAAAGUACCGGUAAACCGCACUACGUAUUCCGUCAUUUCGGAUAAGUUUAUGGGAAGUCUGUUAAUCCAGUCGAACCUACGAAAUCCCAAUCCCCUUAUCGAUGAACUGAGAUUGAUAAAAUCCCAUGCUGAAUUGCUUUUGAUGAAGCGGGCGGUGGAAUCGACGUCCGUAGCUUUAAAAAAAACCCUGGCUUCAGCCUAUCCGGGCAUAAGGGAAGCUGAACUUGCUGCGAGGUUCAAAUUCGAGUCCGCAUUGAUGGGUAGUGGUCUUGGUUAUCCACCUGUCGUUGCUGGUGGGAAUCGAGCUAACAUAAUUCACUAUUUGAGAAAUUCUGAAUCCAUUGAAGAUGGUCAGCUGGUCCUGAUGGACGUUGGAUGUGAUGUCGAAGGCUAUACGGCAGAUAUCUCUAGAGCCUGGCCCGUAAACGGGCAUUUUUCCCAGCACCAGCGUUUACUGCACGAUAUCUUAAUCCAAGUGCAAACUGACUGCCAAAGGGCGGUCCAACCGGGAACGAAUCUCCAAAACCUCUACGAUUUAAUGGUCAAGCAAUUAGCCCAGUACCUUAGCGAAGAGAAAGUAAUCAAUGUUAGUGAUAGUGAGUUAACGUCGGUAGGCGCUUACAUUUGCCCACAUCAUGUUGGUCAUUAUCUUGGCCUCGACGUCCACGAUACGGUCAGCGUUUCGUACUACAAAAAUUUUGAGCCUGGAAUGGUUUUCCCCUUAGAACCAGGCAUCUACUUCCCGGCAGGCGGCGGAAAGGUUGCCGUAGCCGAGGAAUUCCGUGGCAUGGGAUUGCGGCUUGAGGAUGAUUACUUUUUUACUGCUGACGGGCGGGCCGAAAAACUUAGUGACUGUAUGCCUUUCGAAGCCCUCGACCUUGAAUCCAUCAUUUGUUCUCAUACUUGA